UUGAGGUAUCACAAGAGGGAGUGCUGUGAUAUAAAGGACAUGCUGGCUGCGAGUGGUUUUGGUUGGGACUACGAGCAGAUGGUGGUGACGGCCCCAGACGAGGUUUGGGAGGAGUAUUUAAAGUCUCAUCCGCGAGCUGAGAGGUUGCGAGGUGAGCGAAUUGAACGGAUGGAUGAUUUAUCGGUGAUUGUCGGGUCUGACCAGGCUACGGGCAGAUAUGCGCAAGGAAGUGGGAACAUUGCGGCAUCUUAUUCUCAUGUUUAUCGAGACCUCAAUGAUUCGUGGAGAGGGCUGGACGAUGACACAGAUGCUACCGUGGACCUUUCUGAGGAAAACCUCUCUGAAUCACUUGACAUAUAUGGCCAAUCAACAGAUAGUCAAAUAAGGGAAAAUAUGUCGUUUCAAGACACUCUCAUCCGUAGAACUGAUUCCGAUACUAGUCGUGGUGGGAGUGCAACAACAAAAAGGAUGCGACCUGCUCGACCAUGUGAUGUCGUAGGCAUAUCUCUCACGAGUGUCGCAGAGGCUAUACGUAACUUCUCUGUAGGAAAGGAUAUCAACUGAACACGAUGUGUCUUAGACCUACUGGAAGAGGUUCAGGGGCUAACCAAUGCUGAAUUUAUUGAGGUUGGUUAGCUCUUGAAUAAAGAUCACGAG